UAUAAAAGUAAAGAUGUUUCUUUGUGUCACAUGUUUGUGAUUGAUGGUCAUGCAAUGUAUAGCUCUGUUAUAAAUACGCUUUUACUUGAUAAUAAUCAUCUCACUGACACAAAUAGUGAUUUGGCUAAAGAUCUUAGUUCUACACGAACGAUUAAUGAUGAAAUAACUGCCUUGGCUAUGAAGAAUCUGAAGUUAUCUUGGGCUGGUGAUUUCGAAUCUUUAAAACGUGUUGUUAGUGAUUAUAUAAAAUUUGACGGGAGAUGGACUUCGCCCGGAGGAGAGAAGAAAGUUUGCAGUAAUCCAGAUACAUCUAUCACCUGGUGGAAAAAUAAAAAGUUCCUUCUGGUUGAAGGUAAUCAAGCUGAAAGGAUAAUUGAACUAUUUAUUGUAAUUUUAACGAAUAUUGCUUCGUUUCGCCCUUCAGAUCGGCCGGGUAAUAUAAACAUAGAUCUCCCGAAUUCAGAUAAAAUUAAUCUUGUUAGUUCCUGUUCGUGCAAAUGUAACAAUUUGACUGUUGAUAUCGAAGGAAUAAAACUAGAUAACGUGGUUCUUGAGUCGAGGAUGGAACAUAAAACCAACACUAACACUGAAAUUAUCAAUAAUGUACAACAAGAGUUGCUUAAGUUGCAGA